CUGAAAGUCUUCAGUUAAACGAGCUUCGAAAGCCUAAAAAAGCUAUUUAUGCACAUAAAGAAACAUACUCCUCUGAUCCUUUCUUCCGUAUUUUCAAUCCCACCAAUGAUAAAAAAUUACAAUUGUGUUGAGCGCCGGAUUUUGUCAUUUCCGGCGGUUCAUCCGUGCGAAGCGGUUUCUCCAGCAACUCUUCUCGGCUCCUUAAUCACUCUUUCUCAAAAUAUCAACAAUUACCAAUCAAAAUUCUUAGCCACCCAAAGAAGAAAUGCCCGGGAAACGAUUCGCCAAAUUGGAAUCCUCCUUGUGUUUUUCGAGGAAAUUCGCGAUCGUGGUUUAAUUGUUCCAGACUCGGUUGUGCUUUGCUUAUCCGAGCUUCAUCUUACUUUCCAGAAAAUUCGGUUCUUGUUGGAGGAUUGCUCGCGAGAAGGAGCAAGGGUAUGGAUUUUAAUGAAGUCAGAGUUGGUGGCCUCCCAAUUUCGAGUACUUAUUAGAACUGUUGCUACAGCUCUUGAUGUUUUGCCAUUGAAUUUGAUCGAUGUUUGUGGCGAAGUGAAGGAAUUGGUAGAGUUGGUAGCAAAGCAGGCAAGGAAAACGAAAAUUGACAUUGACCCUGAUGAUGAAAGAGCCAUGAGACGAGUUCUUUCAGUUCUGAACCGAUUUGAGAAGGGAAUUCAGCCUGAAUUUCAUAUUUUGAAAUCGGUUCUUGAUUAUCUUGAGAUCAAAAGAUGGAGUGAUUGCAACAAGGAAAUCAAAUUCUUGGAAGAAGAGAUUAGCUCUCAAUGUGUUGAUGGUGAGGAAAGAGAGUUACCAUUUCUAAGUAGUUUGUUGGGGUUGAUGAGCUACUGCCGGGGAGUUAUUUUCGAUACAUUGGAUAAUCAAAAUUCUGAUCAAUCAAACGUAAGAUGCAACGUGGAGAUACUCAGUUGCUUGAAUCCUGAAGAUUUUCGCUGUCCAAUAUCACUCGAGCUAAUGAUUGACCCGGUGACUGUCUCAACUGGACAGACAUAUGAUCGGUCUUCGAUACAAAAAUGGUUCAAAGCAGGGAAUGCGAUCUGUCCCAAAACAGGGGAGAAGCUAAAAAACACAGAGUUGGUCCCGAACACAAAUCUCCGCAAGCUAAUCCAUCAGUUUUGUGCAGAUAAUGGGGUAUCUCUUGCCAAAACAGGAAAGCAAAGUCGCGACAUAACUAGGACAAUUAUUCCAGGCAGUCCAGCAGCUGCGGAGGCAAUGAAGUUUCUGUCAAAGUUUCUAGCAAGAAAGUUGAUUUUUGGACCCAGUGAGCAGAAAAACAAGGCUGCUUAUGAGAUUCGUUUGCUUGCUAAAGCAAACAUUUCUAAUAGGUCUUGCCUGAUUGAAGCUGGAACGAUCCCACCUCUUUUAAACCUCCUAUUUUCUUUCGAUAAGUCCAUGCAAGAGAAUGCAAUUGCAGCUUUGUUGAAGAUCUCAAAGCAUGCUAGUGGCAAGAAAGUGAUUGUUGAAAGUGGGGGAUUGAGAUUAAUUCUUGCAGUCCUUAAGAGGGGUAUAAGUUUGGAAGCAAGGCAAAUUGCAGCUGCGACAAUAUUUUACCUCUCUUCAGUGAAGGGAUACAGGAAAUUGAUCGGAGAAAUGCCUGAGGCAAUUCCAGCACUUGUGGAUCUGAUAAAGGAAGGUACGGCAUGUGGGAAAAAGAAUGCACUGGUAGCACUUUUUGGACUUCUUUUAUAUCCUGGAAAUUAUCAAAGAGUGCUAGAUGCUGGAUGUGUUCCAUUGCUCCUUGAUAUUCUUCUAGCUUCAUCCGACAAACAUGAGCUUGUAACAGAUUCAUUAGCUGUUCUUGCAACCUUGGCCGAGAGUUAUGAUGGAACAUUGGCAAUUCUCCAGACUUCAUCUUUGCCAAUAAUAACCAGGAUUUUGCAGUCUUCAACAUCUCAAGCAGGGAAGGAGAAUUGUGUUUCAAUCUUACUAUCUUUGUGUUCCAAUGGUGGUGACGAGGCCAUCGCUGUUUUGGCUAAGGAUGCUUCCAUCAUGAGUUCCCUAUAUUCGCUUAUAACAGAUGGCACAACUUAUGCAAGCAAGAAAUCACGCUCACUGCUAAAGAUUCUUCACAAGUUCCAUGAAACAAGCUCAUCUGGACAAGGGUGUCAAGCAUUUACCCAUGAACAAUCAGUUCAUACUUGGUAGUAAUCCAGAAUUCUUUUCAUUUUCUCGUGUAAAUAUAUACUUACAUACGUUUUCGUAUGUGGAUUCCUUGAUCUUUUUAGUCAUUAAGAUUUGAAUCUCAGGACGUUAGCUCAGUUUUUGCAAGAGCUAAUGACUGCAAAUCAUACUUUUUAUUAGUAAUAUGUAAUAAAGCUUGGACAUGAAAAUUUGUAUCAUGAUUCUUUUAUAGCAAUAAAUGAUUAAGAUUGUGUGAGA